AAAAUAUUUAAAAACUUUGCUUCUUCCUUCCGCGCAAAUAUGGCAAACCCGUUCAAAUAUAUUCGCGACAAAGUUCAACGUUCCAAAAUCGAAGAACUUGCAAAAAAGAGCGACACAAUAUUAGCAAUUGAAGAACUCCCACCUUUCCUUACUACGCGCGCCACAGCUUCUUUGGUCCUCCGGGCUUUAGAAAACAUGCCAGCUCUCGUGUUCCAAUGGAAUCCAGCAGGAUUUAACGAUGUUGCCGCAGCACCAGGAUUACGAAACGGUGUUGCGGGUCAAAACUUGGCUGCAAUUAUCACAAAUCUUACCGAAACUGGAGCAACAAAUUAUGGCAACAUU